UGCUGACUCACUUCUUACUCACCUUGAGCUUGCGCGUCUCCCCGGCCAAUCAGCGCGUCAAGGGGCCGCGCUUCGCCGGCGAAUUUCCAUUCGCCAUCCCGGCGCGACUGCGAGGCGGUACUUCUUUCGUCCUUUCAUCAUCCUCCGUCACUACAAUUGUUUUUCACCCUACCUUUGUCCUCCAUCUCAAAGACAAAUCGUGUGACCAGGCUUGUCCUCAAUCAUAUCACACUCAGAGGAGUGCCAAUCUUCUCUCAUCAGUCUUUCUCUCUCGCUCCAUACUGGUCCGAUUGUAUACUAUCAGAUCGCGUUUCUCCCGAUAUAGUUGAACUUGCCUGCGCAAGGUGCGCUUUGGAAAGUCAUGGCUCCUUCACACAUUCCGACUUCCGACCCGCCGUCACAGGCAGACACCCCAAUGACAGAUGCAACUGCAGAGCCCAUCACGUCGGUGCCAGUUGAUAGACCAGACGCGCAAAUGACGGACACUCCCGACUACACGGAUACUGAUACGAACCCCAACACCACGGCGAGCAGUGUUGCAGGCGACGCACCGCCUCUGGAUGGGCGCAGACGACGAUCCGAAGCUUUUCACAUGAGAAAAAGUAUCCUGGGUAAAAAGCACGGUCGCUUGGACGAGUCAAUGGAAGAUGAUUCCAUCCGUCGUUUUCGCUACCUCCUCGGCCUCACCGAUCUAUUCCGUCAUUUCAUCGAAACGAAUCCCAACCCACGAAUUAAAGAGAUCAUGGCGGAGAUCGACCGGCAAAAUGAAGAGGAGGAAGCAAAAGCUAAGAAAAAGGGAUCGGCUCGCUCUGGUGGUGCGAGUGCCGACAGACGUCGCAGAACAGAACAAGAAGAAGAUGCCGAGCUUCUCAAAGACGAAAGGAGUGGCGGCGAAACGGGCACCGUUUUCCGGGAAUCCCCGCCCUUCAUCAAGGGAGAGAUGCGCGACUAUCAGAUUGCCGGCCUGAACUGGCUUGUUUCCCUCCAUGAAAACGGUAUCUCUGGUAUUCUGGCGGAUGAGAUGGGUUUGGGCAAAACGUUGCAGACCAUUUCUUUCCUUGGCUACCUCCGACACGUUUGCGGAAUCACUGGACCACACCUUGUCGCAGUCCCGAAAUCAACACUUGACAAUUGGAGGCGAGAGUUUGGAAAGUGGACUCCUGAGGUGAAUGUCCUGGUAUUGCAGGGUGACAAGGAAGAGCGGCAUCGCUUGAUCAACGAGCGCCUUCUGGAUGAGAAUUUCGACGUUUGUAUCACCAGUUAUGAAAUGGUUCUGCGCGAGAAGAGUCACUUGAAGAAGUUUGCUUGGGAGUACAUCAUCAUCGAUGAGGCUCAUCGUAUCAAGAACGAAGAGUCUUCACUGGCACAGAUCAUUCGUGUCUUCCAUUCAAGGAAUCGUCUGUUGAUCACUGGUACUCCUCUGCAGAACAACCUGCACGAACUCUGGGCUCUCUUGAACUUCUUGCUACCGGAUGUCUUUGGUGAUUCGGAGGCUUUUGAUCAAUGGUUCUCCAGUCAGGAUGCUGACCAGGACACUGUGGUGCAACAACUUCACCGCGUUUUGCGGCCUUUCCUGCUGCGCCGUGUCAAGAACGACGUGGAGAAGAGCCUGCUUCCUAAGAAGGAAAUUAACCUAUACGUACCCAUGUCAGAGAUGCAAGUCAAAUGGUACCAGAAAAUCUUAGAGAAGGACAUCGACGCGGUCAAUGGUGCUGCCGGCAAGCGCGAAUCGAAGACCCGUUUGCUAAAUAUUGUCAUGCAAUUGCGCAAGUGUUGCAAUCAUCCAUACCUUUUCGAAGGCGCCGAGCCAGGUCCUCCAUACACAACUGAUGAGCAUCUUGUGGACAAUGCGGGAAAGAUGGUAAUCCUUGAUAAGGUUCUGGCGCGCAUGAAGAAGCAGGGCAGUCGCGUGCUCAUUUUCUCCCAGAUGAGUCGUGUUCUCGACAUUCUGGAAGAUUACUGCGUGUUCCGAGAGUACAAGUAUUGCCGCAUUGACGGUACGACCGCUCAUGAGGAUCGAAUUGCCGCCAUCGAUGAGUACAACAAGCCUGACUCUGACAAGUUCAUCUUCCUUCUUACAACCAGAGCAGGUGGAUUGGGAAUCAACCUGACGACCGCCGACAUUGUGGUUCUGUACGACAGUGAUUGGAAUCCCCAGGCGGAUCUGCAGGCCAUGGAUCGUGCUCAUCGUAUCGGUCAGACCAAGCAGGUUGUUGUAUUCCGAUUCAUUACAGAAAAUGCCAUUGAGGAAAAGGUUCUAGAGCGUGCUGCGCAGAAAUUGCGGUUGGAUCAACUCGUUAUUCAACAAGGGCGUGCCCAGCAGCAAACCAAGAAUGCUGCAUCGAAAGACGAGCUCCUUGGCAUGAUUCAGCAUGGAGCUGCCAACGUUUUCACCCAGAAAGGCGCAACGGGGUCUUUGUCUACGGAGAACAAAUUGUCGGAAGAUGACAUCGAUGCUAUCCUGCGCAAGGGUGAAGAGAGAACCGCGGAGCUCAACAAGAAGUACGAAAAGCUUGGAAUCGAUGACCUUCAGAAGUUUAGUUCGGAAAGUGCAUACGAGUGGAAUGGUCAAGAUUUCGCCGAUCGCAAGAAAGACAUUGGAAUUAACUGGAUCAACCCAGCCAAGCGCGAGCGAAAGGAGCAGUUCUACUCUAUCGACAAGUACUAUCGUCAGGCUUUGGCCACCGGUGGCAGAACAGCUGAUCCAAAACCGAAGGUUCCGCGCGCACCCAAGCAAAUCGCCGUCCAUGAUUGGCAAUUCUUCCCCCCGGGGCUUCAAGAGCUUCAGGAGAAGGAAACGGCGUACUUCCACAAAGAGAUUGGCUAUAAGGUUCCUCUAUCGGACGGUCCUGAUGAAGAGCUCAGUGAGCGUGAAGCCGAGCGUGAUCUGGAGCAACAAGAGAUAGACAACGCCGUGCCGUUGACGGAAGAGGAGCAGGCACAAAAGGCAAAGAUGUCUGAAGAGGGCUUCUCUACCUGGAACCGCCGUGAUUUCCAGCAGUUUGUCAAUGGCUCAGCUAAAUUCGGUCGCACUGAUUAUGCCGGCAUUGCUACCGAGGUGGAUAGCAAGGAGCCGGACGAAAUCGAGGAGUACGCUCAAGUAUUCUGGGAACGAUACACCGAAAUCCAAGACUAUCCUAAGUAUCUUCGCGUCAUCGAUCAAGGGGAGGAAAAGCUUCGCAAGAUGAACCAUCAGCGUAAGAUGUUGCGCAAGAAGAUGGAGAUGUACCGCGUGCCCCUUCAGCAGCUCAAAAUCAACUACACGGUGUCGACUACUAAUAAGAAGGUCUAUACGGAAGAAGAAGAUCGAUUCUUGCUGGUCAUGCUGGACAAGUAUGGGGUUGAUGGCGAAGGUCUUUAUGAGAAAAUCCGCGACGAGAUUCGCGAGUCUCCCCUCUUCCGCUUCGACUGGUUCUUUCUCAGCCGGACACCUGUUGAAAUCGGGCGUCGGUGCACCACACUAUUGAAUACUGUCGCUAAGGAGUUCGAGACUACUGAAGAUGGAAAGGCGAAUGGUGAAGGUGGCAAAGGUCGCGGCCGUGAUCGGGACGAAGAGGAGGUUGAGAAUGAAGAAGAGGCCCCUGCAAAGAAGAAAACCAAGGGUGGUGCAGUUAACAAGCAGGUGAAGGCUGUCAAGGGUGGCAGCAAAGCAAACUCAGCCUCCACGUCGCGAGCUGCUAGUGUUUCGUCCAACGCCGCCUCGAAAUCGAAGAGCCGAAAGAAGUGAUGUCUCUUAGCUUGUGCGCGGUCUCGGUCUCAAAUGACUAAGAUUUUUAUGACUUUUCUGUAGACUGUUUGGGAAGUCUCGACGGUGGAUGGGAAUGGGAUUCGUUGGUUCAUCAUGUUUCAUAUAUGCUGGUUUGGGCGUUGGCAAAUAGAUGCCACUGUAGUCUAUAAUGUUACUUUUCCAUACUUCCCACCUCGAGUCUGUGGCAUGUAGAUC